AGGAACAGAAUUUUAGGUUAACGCCAUCGACGCUCACCUGCUUUGUUGUCAUUAUUUGAGUACGUUCAAUCGCUCAGCUUCGAAAAAUGGCGACAUCAAAAGUUACUUUCAAGAUCACACUGACAUCCGACCCCAAAUUGCCUUUUAAAGUUCUUAGUGUACCAGACCAUACACCAUUCACAGCUGUACUGAAAUUUGCUGCUGAGGAAUUCAAAGUUUCCCCAGCUACCUCUGCUAUUAUCACGGAUGAUGGUGUUGGGAUAAAUCCUCAGCAAACUGCAGGUAAUGUCUUUCUAAAACAUGGUACUGAACUCAGGUUAAUCCCAAGAGAUAGAGUUGGACACAGUAGUUGAUCCCACGUAUUUGAAAAAUGAUUAUUAAUGUUAAAAACAUUGAUGGCAUGUUAUAUUGGUAAUUAAU